GUUUUGAAACCUUUGUAUACGAUUUUGUGGAGAAAAAGAAAAAAGAAGCAUUAGUUUUUGGUUUUUUCUAUUGUUUAUACUUUUUUUCUUUAUUGAACACUAUCGCAUCAUUCUAUGUUCACCAAAAUGCAAACUGUUUAUUAUUAUAAACCGCUGUUAUUCCGAAGAAUAGCAACACAAGUGUCCCAUUGUGCUUUCGUCAAGCCUAUUGUAUGCAGCAUCCAUCAUCAACGAACACAUUACCACAGUGCCGAUUUCAGUAGUGGUGGUUUAUUAGGCAAAGACUCUACCAAGACGAGUAGCAACAACCGAGGUAGCGACUACGGAGGCAGCGGAGGCAGCGGUAACGACGGCUAUGGACGAGGUGGAGGGGGAAGUGGUAGUAGCUUCUUCAACAAUGACCGUAGUCCGAUACCUCCACCUAAUGAGAUGUCUUACUCUCAUUUAGAGUUAACACAGAUGACCGACCCACGCACAAUUGUCCAACAUCUGAAUGACUAUAUUAUUGGACAAGAACGGGCAAAGAAAACACUCGCUGUCGCUAUUUUUAACCAUUACAACCGAGUCAGAGCCAAUUUAAGAAGACAAAGGCAAAAAAUGAUACGUGAGCAUCGUUCGAAUGUCCUCAUAGAUGAGAGAAUGUUAGCGGAACAGCAGCAGCAGCAGCAGCAGCAGCAGCAGCAGCAACAACAACAACAACAACAACAAUAUCAUCACCAUUACCAACCGACCAGCAACAAUAAUAUACCAUCGUCAUCGCAGCCACAGCAGCAGCCGCAGCAGAAAGGAUCCAAGGCCUAUUACUCUUCUUCGAUACCCGCUUCACCUGGUUCGUCGGAAUACAUCCAUGGUUUCGACGCUCGAAAUAGCAGUAAAGCUACAGCGAACCAUGUUGAAUCUGCCAGCGGAAGUGAUAGCAAGAGUAGUUCUUCUUCACAACAACAACGCCGUGCAUGGUUAAAUCAACCUACGGAUGGAAAUUUCUCCUCUUCCUCUUCCUCCUCCUCCUCCUCCGAUAACUAUCUAUUUCAAAAUAAUCAACAGCCAUCGCCACCACCCCCCUCACCCCCGUCUUCCUCGCCGCCCUCCCCCGCUCUGUUUGGACUCGAAGGAGAAGAGUUGGAGGAGGAAGAAGUAGAAGACGAGGAUGAAUGGACGGUGCAUGAUAAAAGUAAUGUUCUGCUCAUUGGUCCUACCGGCUCUGGCAAAACGUUACUGGCCAAAACACUGGCACAAAUUCUCCAAGUGCCCUUCUCGAUGUCAGACGCUACACCGUUCACGCAAGCCGGCUAUGUCGGUGAAGAUGUCGAACUUGUGAUUCACCGUCUAUUGCAGUCGUGUGAUUUUGACGUGCGUAAAGCCGAAACAGGCAUUGUGUUUAUUGAUGAGGUGGAUAAAAUUGCAAGAAGAACGGACAGCGCAGGUGGAAGUGCGUCGAGAGAUGUGUCAGGAGAGGGAGUGCAACAAUCGCUGUUAAGGAUGUUGGAAGGGACCAUUGUCAAUGUGACAGAUAAAUCAGGAGGAAGCCAUAGUCACGCUAGCGGCCAUCACCAUCCCAGUCAUGGCAGCAGUAGUAGCAGCAGCAGCAGCAGCAGCAGCAGCAAUGGCAACAGCGGCGGCCUCUUGAGUAGGAGAGGACAUAGUUUUGCAGGUAGCAAUAGUAGUCCUUUGAACAGUCCAGGCGGGCUGAUGAUGAGCUCUCCGCCUAGUGGAAAAGGCGAAACCUACUCUGUCGAUACCAGUAACAUUCUGUUUAUUCUCAGUGGAGCCUUUAUUGGUUUGGACAAAAUCAUUCAUCAUCGUGUAGCGAAAGGAUCGAUUGGUUUUGAUGCCCACUUAAAGCCGACAGACGAUGACAGUUUCUUCAAGAAUGGCAACAACAACAACCACCCUAACCCUUUGCAACAAGUCGAGCCUGUGGAUCUUGUGAAAUUCGGUUUUAUCCCUGAAUUCAUCGGCCGUAUACCCGUUGUUGCCUCUGUGAAUGAACUCAGAGUCGAAGAUCUUGUGCGUGUUUUGAAGGAACCGAAAAACUCAUUGCUGAAGCAAUACGAAGGCUUGUUUCGAUUAUACAAUGUUCGUUUAAGGUUCAGUGAGAAAGCUUUGGAGAGCAUCGCUAGCCAGGCUUUAGAAAAAAAGACAGGCGCCCGAGGAUUACGUAGAAUUAUGGAAAACUUAUUGUUGGAUCCCAUGUUUGAUGCCCCUGCUUCUUGUAUCAAGCAAGUGAUUAUUGACAGGAAAGUAGUCAAUCAAGAAAAGCCGGCUGUGUAUAUCACAUCAGAGGAUUCGCAAUUGGCGGACAAACUUAUCGAUGAAGAUGAUGGUUUUAUUUUGGAAGAACAGCCAUCCGUCGUGGGCUCUGGAGAGGCGCAAGUACAAGAAAGGAUUUCAAACGUAUAAUGAACAACUCCUUCCCACCCGCCGUUGAACGUCCUCUAUACCUUCUUUCUCAUUUAUUUAUUUAUUUUUUUAUAAAGAAAAAUUGGUCAAAAGUAAAUAGCCAAUCAGAUACUGUUGUUU